GACAGCAGGAAGCGUAGCGAACUACAACUAAGCGCAAGUUUGCCACCUCCGAUACGGAUGACCGUAUCCCCCGGGCGGCCAUUAUGGCUGAGGAAGUGACGGCCGUGCUGCGGAUGAGCAAGGAUGGUACCACGUUCGGCUUUCAGCUCCGGCAAAUAGAUAUUGGCGAGCAUGUCAUAUACAAGAUCAUCGACAACACGCCCGCUGACAUGUGCGCAAAGGUGGAGAUAGGCGAUAUCGUGCUGAAAAUCAACGGCGUAGACGUCACUGGAUUAGCUACCAAAGAUGUGGUAAAAUGUGUACGGGUUUCGCCAAACCCUAUGACGCUGCAGCUCCGGAAAGAUCCGCACGUGAAGCGUACCGUGUAUGAUAUGAUCAAAUCCACUUCACCCGAACGGGUACUGCACCAUCAGCAGCAUCAGCUCCAGUCGCCACUGUCGCAGGGCCCGGAAGAGUAUACAGUGGAGCUGCGGCGCAAGAAGGACGAUACGCGGCUUGGCUUCGUAGUGCGUGCUACCGAUGUUCUCGAUCAUGUGAUCGUAGAGAUACGCGAAGAUUCACCGGCUGCGCUCUGUGGAAAGGUGGAAGUUGGUGACGUUUUUCUUAAAAUUAACGAAACCGAUGCACAACAGUAUUCCCCACGAGAUGUGCUAAAGUGUUUGGGUAACGCUACCGAACCCAUAACAUUGCGUUUGAAACGAGAUCCUUGGAUCAAAAAAUACUUACGCGAACAGUACCAGCACGAACAGUUGGUAAUGAGUGACGAUUCGAUUGAAUCACAAUCCUGCAAGGUAAGUAGUGACAAUACGAACGGUUCACCAUCGCAUCCUGUAUCGCGCCUAGCACAACCGAAACGUUCCAAGUUGUUGUCGCUCGACUCGGUGCUGAACCUCAACUCUCCCAAUACACAGGCAGGCGGACGGACACCGGGGAAUGGCAAUCCGCACGCAGUGCGCGAAUGCCUAUCGGAAUCUGCCUGUCGUCCGUCCCGCAUACCGCAGGCGAUUGCACAAAAUAACUGGAGUGCACCACAGUCGCCGUCGCGUGGCAGAAAACCGCCCCGGCCGUCGCAGAUACCGACGGCAAGGCCCGACUUGCUUGUCACCCGCUUCGUUAUGACGGGCGAGUCACAGUUUGAGACGCGGUACAACGUACCCGAGGUGCAGACUCGCAAGCGUAUGAAAGCACCGCUGGUCAACUACGAUACGCUUUCCUCAUCGACCAGCCGCUCGGAAGACAAUAGCAACAGCAGCAGCUGUCUGAUGGAAGACAACGCAAACAACGAUCCAACGCAACCACCCUCGCCGGCUUCCCCGCUCUCGCCAACGGAUGGGCCGGCAAGUGACAAUAACGGGUUGGGCCGGUGCGGCAACGGUGACGCCGGUCCGGUAAGCAAAAAGAAACCGCACGGCAGUAGCAACGAUAACCACGGCUCGAACGGUAACAACAAUCUGCCAACCAGCGGUUCGUACGGUUCGAUCGGUACGACUGGCGAAAAGGGCGACAUGGUGGCAAAUCGAAGCAAUAAGGCGGAGGGUAGCGAACGCGACGGUAGGCGAGACGAUACCGCCGAGGGUGGUAACAGUGGAAACCAAAACGCAUACAGCAACGCAAAGGCAGACACCAAUCAUAGUGAUGCUGGAGGUCGAGAUGGUAGCGGCGUUGCCUGGCCGAAAGACUGUGAUAGUGCGACCGGUGUCCCUAGCGGUGGUAUGCUGCCGCUAGCGAACAGUGACGCAACAACCAGGCACCAGCGCCAUAAUGUUGUAUCGCGCUCGAAGGGUGACCCGAGCGAGGUUAGCUACUCGGUACCCACAUCCCCUACGACGUACGGCGUGGGCAGUGGUGGUAGUGGUGGUGGAGGCGCGGGUGAACAUUUGCUAUCCGCUGGUAAUGCCGGACAUGAUUCGCAACAUCGCAACAACAACGAGAUGAGCAUCAAUUCGAUGCCAACCAGCCCGGAGUACGCUGGUGCGGGCGGCCAUCACCAUCAUCAGAUGUUCCGGUACGGUGCCGGAACGGGUCCGGAACACUCAUCGAUUGGUGGUGGCGCGGGUGGCGACACGAGCAGCGGGGAGCUAACGGCCAACACGAACAUGAGUUCUGGGUCGGGACCGAACGGUGGUAUGAUACGCAAAUGUGAUGCUGCUGGCUUUCGCACUAGUCGCUCGGAGGACCAUUUGCAGCAGACGCAACGGGACGGUGGCAUUGGGGCGGUCGUAUCGAUUGAUAUCGACGAGGACGUGAACAGUUCACUGAACACACUGCUCGACACACGUCACGAUUCGCAGGAAUAUGCGAUCCCGGAACGAGAGCGGUUUCUCUGGUCGUACAACGCGCAGGCAGCUCCAAAGACAGCCGGCAAUGCUGGUGGCGAGCAUGUCGGCAGCAAUGCCGCCGAACCCGGUGCCAAUGUGGUCUCGCCACAAUCCUUCUCCAGCUCGGUUAGCUCCUCACCGCAGCGUUCCGCCAGCGAUAGUCCUGCUUCACCUACCUCCGUUUCGAGCUCAGUCAUGUCUUCCUCUGGCGGGUCCCGUGAACAUUCGCAUGCUGGUGGUGCCGGUACGGCCAGUUCCUCGAUCGCCAACAAUCUUCCAGGCGGACACAGUACACCGGGCAGCGGUAACCAAUAUCAUCAGCAACAACAAUCGCAACAGCAGCAGCAGCAGCAGCAGCAACAUAAUCAUCAUCAUCAUCAUCAACAACAUCAACAGCAACUACAUCAUCACCAUCAACAACUGCAACAGCAGCACUCGUCCAGCGGACAGCAUCCACCCAGCCAGUCCGGGUACGGUGGUGGCCGUGACCAUAGCGUAUCGGAGGCGGUAUCGAACAUCUCCAGCCCAGACUAUCAGGACGAGCAUGAUUUGCUCAGCACGAAAGACCUCAUGGCAAUGGCGAUCAGCGAUCCGAGCGAUUCGGAUUCCACCAUACUGAUAUCGGAAAAUACGCACCGGUGCGACUUACCGAUGAAUCACGCCGAGCGAGACCACAAGCUCGUCAUCCAGGUGAAGUCGGGCGAAGGUGGUAACGGUGCACCGGAUCUGGAGGAAGAUUACGACGGUGCCCGAUGUCUCGCACUGCUGAAGGAAGCCGAACGGUCCGAGCUGGAAAGUUUCGAUCUGUUAGUGGAGGAUGGCAUAAUGCCACCGAGCAGUGCUGCCAACCUGUUGCCGGGUUAUGCGGACAGCACCGCGUACGGUGGCAGUAUUACGCGCGAAUCAUCACCGCCGGUUUCCGACGAUGGGAGUGACGUGGACUCGUUACACUCGUUCCACUACUCACCAAAGGGUGUCGACCUACCAUCGGCCGAGCGGCUCGCCAAGCGGCUUUACUAUCUGGAAGGCUUCAAGAAGAGUGAUGUCUCACGGCAGCUCUGCAAAAACAAUGAUUUCAGCCGGGCAGUCGCUGAAGAGUACUUGAAGUUCUUUUUCUUCGAAUGUCUUUCGUUAGACAAGGCUCUGCGAAUGUUUUUGAAGCAGUUUUCGUUAACCGGCGAAACGCAGGAACGCGAGCGUGUUCUGGUACAUUUCUCCAAGCGGUAUCUGGAUUGCAAUCCGCGUUCGUUUAACUCACAAGAUGCUGUGCAUACACUCACUUGUGCUAUAAUGCUACUAAAUACGGACCUUCACGGGCAAAAUAUAGGUUCGAAAAUGACGUGCGCAGAGUUUAUCGACAAUCUGAGUGACCUGAACGAUGGCGAAAACUUCCCCAAGGGUGUGCUGAAACAAUUGUAUUAUUCUAUCAAAGACAAGCAACUCGAGUGGGCAUUGGAUGACGAUACGGAUCCAAAAACGGGUAACCGUAACGCCGACGGCAACGGCAAUGGUGGCAAUGGUAACGGGCUCGGUGGCGGUGGCGGUCCCGGCGGUCUGAACGGUGGCUCGGGCGAUGGUGGAUCGACGGGUGGUAGCCUGCAGGGGCCACCGGUAGGGCCGAAUCCAUUCCUCGAGGCACCGGCCAUGUUUGCGGCGGUAGAGUACAAAAAGGGUUACGUCAUGCGGAAGUGCUGUUACGAUACGAACUACAAGAAGACUUGCUGCGGCUUUGCUUGCACCAUUUCAGCCCCCUUCGGACGGCGCUCGUGGAAGAUGUUCUUUUGCACGCUGCGCGAUCUGGUGCUGUACCUGCACAAGGACGAGCACGGCUUCCGGAAGAACCAGAUGUCGGACAAUGUGCACAACGCGAUCCGCAUACACCAUGCGCUGGCGACGCGUGCCAGCGACUACACGAAGAAGCAGCACGUCUUCCGGCUGCAAACGGCCGACCAGUCCGAGUUUCUGUUCCAGACGAGCGAUUCCAAGGAGCUGCAGUCCUGGAUCGACACGAUCAACUUUGUGUGUGCGUCCUUUUCUGCACCACCGCUCGAGGGUGGAGUCGGUAGUCAAAAAAGAUUUCAACGACCGUUGCUACCGUGCACACACAGCCGUCUACUGCUGCGCGAUCAGUUAGCGUCGCACGAGCGGCAGGUGAAUAAAAUAUUAAGUCUACUGGAAGAGCACAAGGUAUCGACCGCACCACCGAAAGGUUUGGCGUUGCAGAACUAUAAGGAAAAGGAGGUAUACCUCCAGUACGAGCUUAAGCGAUACAAAACGUACUACAAUCUGCUCAGCUCCCGCCUGACAAUGGAGCCACAGGAUUUCAAUAAUCAGCAUCAGGUCAGUGCGGCCGCACUGAACGAUACCGGCGACAGGCGUGACGAUUCCUGCAGCACGAUGUUGCCGCUCAGCGGUUUCGGUGACUACGGUGCCAACAGUCAUCCGGCACCGGGUCAGCCACGAAACCAAACGGCCGGUAGCCUUAUGCCCAACUUCAUCCAGCAGCACCAAGGUAGCAAUGCGGUAAAUAACGCGACCGGGCGGUCAGGACUUUCGCCUCCGGACACGGCACUCGGUGGUCAGAACACCGCAACACAGCAACCUACCAACACCCUGUAGUAUGGUAGUGUCGGUGCACAUACGGUACCGGCCGGAUCGGACCAUCGUGCCCGCUAUAUGGCCGAAUUGCUGGACCAGAGCAGGCACGCAACGUAGCAAGGAUUAGCAUUAUUCAUCCCCUGUGGUUGUAACACACAAACACACACGCGCGCGCGAACAACAAUUCGAUCAGUAUGUAAUAGGACGCGGUCAGACAAAUCCGAUAGAAGUAUUUUCGCCCACUAGUAUUUUCGACGCGCGGAUGCUUGUCUUGCAUUCCAAAAAUUGUUGCAUCGCUACCAUUCGAAAGCCGCUUAAAAACGUUUAUUAAGGUAAUCGCAUUUACGACACUAUAACUCCUCCAAACGUUCCCUUACCAUUCAAACGCGUUUUGAGACGAAAAUGUAAUCCUUGAAAGUCAGGAAAAGGACACUCUUGAUGUGAUCCAUCGCAUUUAUUAUUUAAACGUUUCUGGCUUCCGGUGUGUGUUACCUUUUCUAUGCUUCGGCGUCAAAUCUAGCCCAAUUAAUUCUUCACUUUAACACACUACAAAGCAAGCUCCGACGGUCCUUGCCUAUAUCUUUCGAGGCAUUUACUGUUGAAACAUUAACGAGUAAGGAAGGACGCGUGGGAAAAGCAGUAAUCAAUCAGUUUAGCUUUUUACGUUCCAAAUUUAACGUAACGUUUUAUCAAUAAUUUAUUCUCCUCUCUAUGGUUCUGAUAUAGCCCUUCAUUGCUUCGGUCGCCCAUUGCCGCGUUUGGUGGUGGCAUGCUGAACGCAACCCUAAUGGGGUAAAGUUAAUGGUUCAAACACCCCAAAAACAAAAACAAACAAACAAACAAACAAACGCCCUACAAUGAAGCCAAAACCAAACAUAAUAAUCCUAGUACGCAGGCUAACCAAACAGAAAGGAUGUUAUGACCAGUCAGUAAUACAGUAUACAAAAAAGUGAAGCGGGAUCGGUGCUGAAACGUACAUCCGCAAAAACCAUUCACACAUACACACACACACACACAUGGACAACAAACUAGCUUCCUCCGUGUUGGUGGUAGGACGUCGAUGAAAAACGGCGUGCCAAAAUUUUUACAUUUAAAGAAAACAAAAUGUCGCUCGAGAAAAGAAAAGUAAUAACGGGGCAACAGUUGGUCCAUGCUUGGCAUGGCUGCUCAGCAUAAUAGUGUACAGCCAAACUAGUGAGUAGAACGCGAGGAAGAUACCAGUCUAUUACACCCAAAACACACAGGCACGCGCAGGCACAUGCAAGCCGUAUAAUGGAAAAGGUUACGUUUCAUGAUAAAACGCGGUACUAACUAGAAUGAAUUGAACGAUACACUUUUAUGCUAUUAACGAUGUACACUGAAACACGCAGAGUACGGCAAACGUAAGUCAACAAAGCCCUUAAAAUGGUCAUGUUUACCUGUACAUUACCGCUAUUAAGUAGAAAUGAAAAAGUGCACGAUAUAUAUAGAUAUAUUACAUACGCAUUAUUAGGAUUAGGAGCAGGCAGGAUUAUUAUGAUUUCUAUUUCGUUAAUGAUUUGUUUUUUUCUCUCUCUCUCGGGCGCGCGCGCGUAUCGUUUGCGUACACUAAAACAAUUGUACUACUAUUUAGAGAGUGCUAUUUCCAUCACAUUAUGCAGAAUUGUUAGCGAUUGCGUCACUUUUUAUAUAUUUUUUUAUAUCCUUUUGUUUAUAGUCUUUAUUAAGACGUUGCGCGGAAUAGAUUAUUAACAAACAAGAAAAAAAGACGAAUGAAAGUUACUAUCACAGGGGCGCGCAAAAAACAAAACGAUUCGAAAGGAAAGUCGAUAAUUUAGUGCAGGAAGUUUUUUGUUUGUUAUUUUGAAAAGACGUUUUCGGUGCAUACGAGUUUAAAAAGGGGUGGGGGAAGCGUUAUGAUCUUUAAACCCCUGCAUUUAAUGUUGAUCGUCAUAAGAGGUGACGAACGCACGACUUAACAAAAAAAAAAACAAUCCGUUUCUGAGAUAACACGCUUGGAAACUUAGCUGCGCGGCUAAUACAGGUGACAAAAGCAACCUGCGCCAAAGGUCAAGGUUCUGUGUCAGGUAGAAGCGUUAUGCUGUUUUGUAUCCUACUUAGCCGAAUGCGCGGAACGGCAAACGAAAUGAUAGAUUUGGUCCAAUCGGACGGGAACGGUUGUUUGUUCGGAAUUAUAGUGCAGUUAUUGGCAGUAUUGCAGGUUUAUUUUUUUUUUUGCGUUUUCUUUCGUUUUCGAUCCCUCGUUCUGCUUCCCACACGCACACACGACACACAGACACGAACACUCUCUUUUUCUCGCGUUGUAUUUUGCUAUAUUAUUUAUAUUUGGAACCUAGUUCAUGCAUACAUAAAACUGAUGCGAAAACGAAAGGCUGAUUUGACGAACGUAGAAAACAGAACAGUAACGGACGCGGUGUGUAUUAUUGUGAACAGAGGCAGUAUGAGGAAGAAAGGAAAAAUUUGGUAGUUUUUUUCAUUUUGUUUGAUUAUUUUUCCUUUUCGUUUAUUUUUUUUUUGUUGUUGUUUUGUUUCAUGAAAAUGCGUACCAUUUAGCCGUAUGCUUUAUUAUCGUCACUGUUCCGUGAUUAUGGUUCUUGACUAUUCCUUUUUAAGGGUUGUGUACGGUGUAUUCCCUGUUGGUGCCCGGUUGUAGGUGCAAACAGUGAAUGCAAAACGUGGUGUAGUGAGAUGCGCGACAGUAGGUGAAGAAAUGCUGCGUAACAACUGUCGCUAUUUAUAUACAUAUAUACAUAUAGAGCAAAACGAUUGUGAAACGACACGAUAGUUAUAGGAAGAGUAGGAUAGUAGGGUGCCUGAGUUAAUCUUUUCUUUUGUAUUUUGUUUCGUAAAAGAGACUUUGUCGCCAAGGAUCGAUCGAUUUCGUGUUAUAUUCCUAUGAAAAAAAAAAAUUAUAUAUUGUAUACAACAAAUCACAAAUGGACUAAUUGCUCGGUACUAGCAAAUACCUUCCUCCCUAUCCCAUCCCUUAUUUUCCCCUUCCAUUAUCUUCCCCACGUUUCGUCCCAAGCAGCAUCCCCAUUAUUCGCGCGCCGAACGAAUGAUUUGUAAAAUCACUUGACAAAAAACGUUUGUCAACAAUUAUAAUCACUGUUGAAGGUUCAUUUCACUAGCGUGUAAGCGAAGAAUAUAAUUUAUAUCUUGGAA